AUGACAGAAAGUUCUUUCGGUAAUAAAAACGAGGGAUUAAUUGCUGCAUUUGGUGAUUUUAACUCGGAUGAGCUUACUGACGCUUUCAUUAUCAAUGGUUCUAACAUUCAAGUACUUUUAGCUCAUGACAAAGAACCUUUUCUGAGACCUUCACUUUAUUCAUGUGAUUUUGAUAAUUUUAAUAUAACCAGUAUAGUGCCAGGAGACUAUGAUGGAGAUGCAUAUAUGGACAUUCUUAUAACAACACAAAUACAAAAUGUUACUUCAAAUGUACAUGAAGUGAGAAUAUUAUGGGGUGGAAUGCCCAAUUUAAAUUGUUCAGAUGCUCUCUUAAUAAAAGCAAUCACUAUUGGCCAACCAUUAGUACUAGACUAUAAUAGAGAUAUGAUUUUGGAUCUUUUUGGAAUUAAUGUUCAAAAUCAAAGAGUUUUUUGGGUAUUUGACAAGUCAAGAUCAACACCAAGUGAAAUUUUGAUGAGUGGAGAAAAAUUAAAAGAAAUAAAAUUGCCACAUUCACAUUCCUUUCUAGAUGUAAAUGAUGAUAAUGCUGCAGACCUCUUAGUAACAACUGCUUUAGAUGUCGAGAUAUGGUUAAAUGAAGAAGAAAUUGGAUUUAAAUAUAAUAACAGUAUUGAAUUGCUGGUUGGUCAUCCUACCAUUUAUGGUCAAGCAUUAUUUAUAGAUGUAGCUCUUUCGGGACAAUUCUUUCUUGUUAUUCCAGUAUGUUAUGAUCUAGAAUGUGUGAAUAGUACCAUUUUAAUUUAUGAUAAUCAACAAUGGCAUGACCUUCAAGUUGAUUUUAACGAUGGCAAGGGAACGUUGUGGAGAUUUGUACCACCACAUAAUGAGGUUUAUUUGGACACAAUUACAAUGCGCAGUGGAGAUUAUAACAUGGAUGGUUACCCUGAUAUACUUAUGAUACUAAGCCCUGUCAAUGUUCAAUGGGAAAGAUUCAGUUCAUUUGGUAAUAAUGUAAUUAUGGCGACAUUCUAUGACUUUUAUAUGGAUGGCGUACUUGAUGUCAUUUAUGUUCAAAAAAAUGUGACAAAUACAACUGAAAAAUAUAUUAUGAAGGCCUUUAGAAAUGAAUUGGAAUAUGAUACAAAUUUCAUUAAAGUUAUUGUAGUAACAGGAUUAAGUAAUAAGAAAAUACCAACUAUUAAUGGGACUUUGUAUACUAGAAAAGUAACAUUUGGAACAAAUCUACCUGGUCCUAAGAUAGGUUACAACACUUGGUCACAGGAGGGUACUUACAGAACAGGUGUAUGUGCACAAUUGCCGCAGUCUGCAUAUUUUGCCCUACAACUUCCAUAUUCAAUAUUUGGCCUUGAUAGGACUCCAAAUUUUGUUGAUACAUUAAGUGUUGGUCUAUCAGGUUACUCAAAAAGUUGGACACAGAUCAUACCUAACUCUCAAAUUGUAUUAAUACCAGCACCACCGAAUGAUCCAUCGCAGUGGAGAGCACAGCUUUUUGUAACACCAAGUAAAGUUAUUUUGAAAAGUGUAUUUGUGUUAACUGCAAUAAUAAUUGUUAUAAUUGGAUGUGUAUUAUAUUUACAUUGGAAAGAAAGGAAUGAUAGGCAAGAUAUUAUAGAAAUAGAUGAGAAGACAUAUGUUAAAAUU